CCCACAUUUUUGGUGACCUUCCAAUCUGUCUUCAUUUUAACAUCAGUUACGUACUGUUGCAAGCUAAGUUGGAGCGGGUGGGACAGGGUCAUGUGUUAUUUCGGGGGAGAAGCUACACGCAGUUUGCAACGUCUAAAGUGCAAAACAGACCAACCGCAAAACCCGUUUCCGUCAGCUGGCCUGCGUCAUUUCCCAAGGAAUUGUUUUCGAUGUCGCCAACUCGAUCUCGGUGAAACGGUACCUGUGGAUGGGAAAGAGCUGCUGGUGCUCUCGCGCCGCCGGGGAGAAUGUCGGCGGAAUCUUUGGCGCAGUCCUUUCAGAAGCUGCGCCUGCAGCACCCUGGCCGCAGGCCACCUCGAGGUCCCCGUCUGAUAAGAAAACGCCUUUAUUUACUGAGGGGACUGCCAGGAUCAGGGAAGACCACGUUAGCCAGAAAUCUAAAACAUCAGUUUCGUGGAGCAGUGAUAUUGAGUACAGAUGAUUAUUUCAUCAGAGAAGAUGGCUCAUAUUUAUUUCAGAAGUACCUACUUGACGAAGCUCAUGAAUGGAACCAUGAAAGGGCCAAAUCAGCUAUGAGACAAGGGAGGUCUCCAAUUAUUAUAGAUAAUACCAACACUGAAGCAUGGGAAAUGAAACCAUAUGUGAAUAUGGCACGAGAGAAUGGUUAUGAAGUGAAAUUCCGAGAGCCAGAUACACCCUGGAAAUUUGACAUUAGAAAAUUAACAAGAAUAAAUUCACAUGGUGUUCCGAGAGAAACAAUUGAACGAAUGAAGGAACGGUACGAGAGGAAUAUCACUAUUGACAAAGUGCUGCAUGCGGAAAGGGAGGCCUGAAAUAAUUGAUGCCAAGGUUAUCAACAGGUUGUGUUCAGAAGAGGAGCAAAAGCAAGACUGGGGAAGAGUUUGUACAAACUUAGCACAUUCAGAUUCCUGAUGAAGGACUUUUGCCCGAAACGUCAAUUCUCCUGCUCCUCAAAUGCUGCCUGACCUGCUGUAUUUUUCCAGCACCACACUCUCGACUCUGAUCUCCAGUAUCUUCAGUCCUCACUUUCUCCACAUUCAGAUUUAAUACUGGUGACAUAAAUCCAAAACAACCUGUGUAGGUUGAUAGAUCCAACAAAUUCAUAUUUUAAACAAAAUCAAAGAAAAUAGAUUGAAGUUUUUUAUUUAACUUUCAAAAAAGGAUUUAUCACUUCAGGUCUUUGAGCAGAAUUAAGGAUAAUGAAUGUCAUUAACAGCUGUUGUGCCUUAGUAAUUUUGUGAAGUACAGUUUGAUAAACCUUUUAACAUGAUCAUAGAUUAUGAGCCAGCAAUUACUGUGGUAAAUGUCCUUGAUGUAAUUUUUUUCAAAAGCUUUGAAUUUUAAUUACACCUUAACACAGGUUUAAAUUGUGAAAUGUAUACAACAGUUUGAAAUCCUAACUGCAGAUGUGUAAUUUAAUUCCUGCUGUUUGCCAUUCCUGCUCAGGAUGUGAGCGAUGUUAGCAUUUAUUGCUUAUCUUCAGUCACCCUGAGAAGGCAGUGGUCAUCUUGAACUGCCACACUUUUUAUUUUUUUGUAGCAGUUUGUUACAGCUGAGUGGAUUGCUAGGCCAGAAGAUAGUUAAUGUUAACUGUAUUAUCAUUUCUCUGCAGUUAACAUGUAUAAGAUGGUGUUGCUGGCAAGGGCAGUAUUUGUUGCCCAUCUCUAAUUGCCCUUGAACUAACUGGCUUGCCAACCAUUUCAGACGGCAGUUAAAACAUUAUUGUCUGGAUUCAUAUGUAGACAGAAGCAACCAAGGGCAGCUGAUUACCGCCUUUUAGAUUACUUACAGUGUGGAAACAGGCCCUUCGGCCCAACAUUUACCUAACACUACGGGCAAUUUAGUAUGGCCAAUUCACCUGGCCCUGCACAUUUU